AUGGGUCCCCAACAGCCCAAAGUCGCCAUCUUCGGUUCUCCAGAGACCCUGACGACUGUCUCCGCCAUGGCCGAGCUGUACUCUGACAUAUCCUCCGAGCCGUGCACCAGCACCACGGAGCCUGAAGAGCCUAAAGAGCCUGAAUCGACGACGACCCUGAAGAAGAAGCAGCCCAGGCGUCGCGGCCGCCGCUCCAGCCGGAGCGGGGACAGCUUCGCCGCCUACUUCCCCAGGGUCCUGAAGCAGGUCCACGACGGCCUCAGCCUGUCCCAGGAGGCCGUGAACGUGAUGGAUUCGUUCGUUCACGACAUCUUCGAGCGCAUCGCUGAGGAGGCCGGCCGGCUGGCGCGCUACACCAAGCGCAAGACCAUCACCUGCAGAGAGAUCCAGACGGCCGUGCGCCUCACGCUGCCCGGGGAGAUCGGCCGGCACGCAGUGUCCGAGGCCAACAAGGCCGUCCUCAGAUACACUCGCCGCAAGUGA